AUGAGACUGAAGACUUCACUUUUAAAGGAACCAAAACAUAAAGAAUUAGUUAGCUGUGUGGGAUGGACUACAGCUGAUGAGCUAUAUUCCUGCAGUGAUGAUCACCAAAUUGUGAAAUGGAACCUUUUAACUAGUGAGACUACUCGAGUAGUGAAACUUCCAGAUGAUAUUUAUCCCAUAGAUCUUCACUGGUUUCCCAGAAGUACAGGUGGGAAGAAGCAGUCCCAUGCCGAGAGCUUUGUUCUAACAAGUUCUGAUGGGAAGUUCCACUUGAUUUCAAAAUUAGGAAGAGUAGAGAAAAGUGUAGAAGCACACUGUGGAGCUGUACUUGCAGGAAGGUGGAAUUACGAAGGAACAGCGCUGGUUACAGUUGGUGAAGAUGGCCAAGUGAAAAUCUGGUCUAAAAGUGGAAUGCUGAGAUCCACUUUAGCUCAACAAGGAACACCAGUGUACUCAGUGGCCUGGGGACCUGAUUCUGAAAAAGUUCUCUAUACUUCAGGGAAGCAGCUGAUUAUUAAACCUCUUCAGCCAAAUGCUAAAGUUCUGCAGUGGAAAGCCCAUGAUGGACUUAUUUUAAAAACUGACUGGAACUCAGUUAACGAUCUUAUUCUUUCUGCAGGUGAAGAUUGUAAAUAUAAGGUUUGGGACAGUUAUGGACGUCUACUGUACAGCUCACAGCCCCAUGAAUAUCCUAUAACAUCUGUUUCCUGGGCUGUGGAUGGAGAAUUAUUUGCUGUGGGGUCUUUUCAUACUUUGCGUCUAUGCGAUAAAACUGGGUGGUCUUAUGCUUUAGAGAAGCCGAACACUGGCAGCAUAUUUAAUAUUGCUUGGUCUAUUGAUGGCACUCAACUAGCCGGAGCAUGUGGAAAUGGACAUGUAAUUUUUGCCCAUGUUGUGGAGCAACGCUGGGAGUGGAAGAACUUUGAAAUAACAUUAAUCAAGAGGAGAACCAUGGAGGUGCACAAUGUUCUUAAUGAUGCGGUAGAUUUGUUGGAAUUCCGCGACAGGGUUAUUAAGGCCUCUUUGAACUACGGGCAUUUGGUAGUUUCAACUUCUCUUCAGUGUUACGUGUUUUCUACAAAGAACUGGAAUACACCACUGAUCUUUGACCUGAAGGAAGGAACAGUUAGUUUGAUUCUACAAGCGGAAAGGCAUUUUCUUCUUGUAGAUGGUGGAGGACUUUAUUUAUAUUCAUAUGAAGGAAGAUUAAUUUCCUCUCCAAAAUUUCCAGGAAUGAGGACAGACAUUUUAAAUGCCCAGACAGUAUCUCUGAGUAAUGAUACUCUAGCAGUAAAAGACAAAGCUGAUGAAAAGGUUAUCUACAUAUUUGAAGCUUUAUCUGGAAAGCCAUUGGGUGAUGGAAAGCCUCUAACCCAUAAGAUGGAAAUUGUGGAGAUUGCUUUGGACCAGAAAGGACUUACAAGUGAGAGAAAAAUAGCUUUUAUUGAUAAGAACAGAGAUCUUUACAUUACUUCGGUUAAACAGUUUGGAAAAGAACAGAAGAUUGUCAAAAUAGGGACAAUGGUUCAAACUUUGGCUUGGAAUGACGCGUCUAACAUUCUUUGUGGGAUGCAAGAUACCCGUUUUACAGUCUGGUACUACCCCAACACAGUCUAUGUAGAUAAAGAUCUUUUGCCAAAAACUCUAUAUGAAAAAGAUGCAAGUGAAUUUAGCAAAAAUCCCCAGAUUGUAUGUUUUGUAGGAAAUCAAAUAACAAUUAGAAGAGCAGAUGGUUCACUUAUUCAUCUCAAUAUUUCACCUUAUCCUGCAAUUCUUCAUGAAUAUGUUAGUAGUUCUAAAUGGGAAGAUGCUGUCAGACUGUGUCGCUUUGUCAAGGAUCAAACUAUGUGGGCAUGUUUAGCUGCUAUGGCGGUUGCCAACAAAGACAUGGCUACAGCAGAAAUUGCCUAUGCAUCAAUUGGUGAGAUUGACAAAGUUCAGUAUAUCAAUUCCAUCAAAGAUCUUCCAUCAAAAGAGUCAAGGAUGGCCCAUAUACUGCUGUUCAGUGGAAACACCCAAGAAGCUGAAACCCUGCUUCUUCAAACAGGCCUUAUUUAUCAAGCUAUUCAAGUCAACAUUAAUCUUUACAAUUGGGAUAGGGCCCUAGAACUAGCAGUAAAGCACAAGACACAUGUUGACACAGUCCUGGCUUAUCGACAGAAGUUCCUAGAGGAUUUUGGUAAAAAAGAAACGAACAAAAGAUUUUUGCAAUAUGCAGAAGGUCUUGAAGUUGAUUGGAAUAAAAUCAAGGCCAAAAUAGAGAUGGAAAUUGCUAAAGAAAGAGAACGAGCAGCAGCCAGUCCCGCAGUGAGAGCUAGUGUAACUGUACAGCAGUAACUGUCCUGUUGGUCACAUUAAGAAAUGCUUCUGGAAUAUUUUGUACUGGCAUAUUUUGACAAACAUUAAAAAAACCGCAGCAAACAUUUUGUUGGGAACAAGAGUGAGAAUUGGUAUAGUUCUUGUUAAUU